GGGAGUCGGGGAUUUGGUCAUCAGGUCGCUACUGAUGCCCUUGUGCAGAUGGAGAAGGCCAUGAAGAGGGACUCCAUUGAUGUUAAUGAUAGACAGCUUGCUUGUGCUCAUAUUAAUUCCCAGGAGGGACAGGAUUACCUCAAAUCCAUGGCUGCAGCUGCCAAUUUUGCGUGGGUCAACAGGAGCUCCAUGACUUUUCUCACCAGACAAGCAUUCGCUAAACAAUUUGAGAUGCCUCCUGACGACCUUGACAUGCACGUCAUCUACGACGUGUCUCAUAAUAUUGCGAAGGUGGAGGAGCACAUGGUCGAUGGGAAAAUGAAAACCCUUUUGGUCCACCGGAAGGGAUCCACACGAGCAUUUCCACCUCAUCACCCCCUGAUCCCUGUGGACUACCAGCUGACAGGACAACCGGUCCUGAUUGGUGGAACGAUGGGGACCUGCAGUUACGUUUUGACAGGCACUGACCAGGGGAUGAGGGAGACAUUUGGAUCAACAUGUCAUGGGGCUGGUCGUGCCCUCUCCAGAGCCAAAUCCCGAAGAAAUCUGGACUUCCAGCAGGUCCUGGAUCGACUCCACGAGCUCGGGAUAUCCAUCAGAGUAGCAUCACCAAAGCUCGUGAUGGAGGAGGCACCAGAGUCCUACAAAAAUGUCACUGACGUCGUCAACACCUGCCACGCAGCUGGAAUCUCAAAAAAAUGCAUCAAACUGCGACCAAUCGCGGUAAUCAAGGGCUAGAGUCACCGAUUACCUCUUGAUUAAUUCCUCAAUCAUGUACACCUUUCUCACAAUUUAUAAAUAAAUUAUAAGAUAUUAUUAUUAA